AUGGCCCCCUCUCUUGGAAUGCGUGAGGUUCCCUUGCCUCCGGCGGGUUUCACAAUGCCUUGGAAAUUUUUAGAGGAUGAUGAUCGUUGCUUGCUGCCUAAUAAUACAGUUUCAAUAUGCAAAGCAAAACUGAAAGCAGGAGCUGACACGAAUCAGUCGCUGAUUUGUGGUUGCGGUAAACUGAAAUUCAAGCACGAUUUGGCGUUGAAUUUCUUCCCUCCACUGUCUCUGCCACCCGUUCUUCUCCUUCACGGCCAUGCCAAAAGAUAUCUCCCAAGCAGCCAUGUACUUGUUGAAAAGACAACCGAGUCAGCUGAUGUGUCAGUCAUCAAAUGUCUUCCCAAUGGUCAUGGACGGUUUGAUCAACAAACCGAGCGAGUUGUAUCUGCAACAAGCGCUGAUUCCAACCAUACAGAAGCAGUUCCAGAAGUUUUUGAGACAUGGCCCAAACCCUCCCUUAAGACAAACAACUUCUUAGCACGCCACCAACAAAUUGAGUGA